CAAGGCUCAGAUGACUUGAUCAACAGCGUACCACAGAAGAUCGCGUUUGUUGAUUAUACAAAGAUACUGAUUUCAGCUUGUGGUUUUUAUUUAUCGUUCUCUUGUGUGUUCAUGCUUAUAAUCUAUCUUGGAAGAUUCGUGUGAAUGUGCAUCAAGGAGCUUUCACUGACAAACGUAUAUUGUACAUAUAUGCAAGUCGACAGUGUUUGUAUACACUUGUUAUCAGAAUUACGUUCGCAGCAUUAUCAAAUAUAAUUUCAUUAUGCCGGAUACAGUCUACCCCGACGAGUUAAAAGACGUUUACGAUAUACAAGAGACUAUUGGAAGUGGUAAGUAAGCGGCAUAGCUGGUUUUAUGCACUUUAGUUUAUUUUAACCGAUAUAAACACACUUGGUCAUGCAGUCAAUUACAAAUACAAGAUUAAUAGACAGUCAUAAUAAAAUCUACUAUAGGUUUCACUUUUAGCUUGUUUUCCAAGUGAUAUACUGUAUAUGAUCAAGGUAUGCUAUGAUUUUGUGACAACUUUUACAAAUCGCAUCAAAGAAUGUAAACCCGAAUAAACUAUGCCUUUACAUCAGGCAAGAUUCAUGUUGAUUCAUGCGGCAAAAUAAGGCAGAUGUUCGCAGCUUGGUAUACAAAUUUAUGGCGGUGAGAAUUUUACCGAAUACCGGCCUUCGAUUGUCUGCCUUGAACGUUUUUAGUAUAUAAACGCUACAUACAAUGAUCUAGCAGAUCUUGAAUCGAAUUUUACGCGGGUGAUAAAGAUCACAGAAAAGAUUAGUGAAUACCGCGACUGAAGUAUAUCGUGAUGUCUAAAUGGUAUGCAUUUUAUUUUAGUCUUCCGGUUUGUGAAUAAAAAUGUUCGAUUCAUGAACUCUGAGGCGUCUUUGAAUGUAAAUCAUUGUUACAUUUACCACAUUAUAUGUAAAGCCACACUUAAUCAAUCGAAAAAUCAAAUGGGGAUUCUCGUAAAUCGGAAAUAUUUAUAAAAAAUACGAAGCAAUUUGCUUGUACGUCUGCCCAACAACAAGGAAGUCAAGCAUGCCAAUUGCGACACCCGCACAUGAUCACACAUUUUAAGUACAAUUUUAAUUUAGGUUGUCAAUAUUUUACAAAAUAACGUUUUAGACGAAAUUCCGAUUGCCACAAAACGCUUGAAAGUAAAUCACACAUAUAUUUGUGUCAUGAAGUUUAGAAAAUUUCCAUUGUAACGAACAUGACUGACACGGAUUUUUUUUCCCGUUUCAUGAUUUCGAAAGGUCAAUAAAUAUUCACUCAUUAAUCCCGGCAGCGGAAAAUUUAUUGCCGCAAUGUUUUGUUCCAAAAACGAGUGUAACGAUACACGAACAGGUUUCAUAGAUAACUGUCAAGAAAUAUCUUGGAAUGUUAAAAUCAACUAUAUGUCAGUUUGAAUUAAAUGCUUUUUAUAAAACGAUAGCACAAAUUGUUUAUUGAAAGGCAAUUGAAAGGGAAGUAUAGGCUAUAGUCAUGUGUCGGCGAGUGUGUUAACAAAUCUGGAAAAUUUGUGCAAGAAUUUUAAUGUCUUGGCAUAGUUUUGGAGAUAGAAAUCUGUAUGAACAAAUGAUGUAACCUAAUUUUAAGCUGCUUGACUUUAAGUUGUCUUUAAGAGAGUUCCAUGUCUGUGGUCGUUUAUAUCAAGCUGUGAAUAAGGAAAUUAAAAUUCUUUCUGUCGCCAGUGCAUAUUCACGAGACAUGAAACAGGGAACUGUCUGUUUGUUUACGACUUACGGCACGGGUAUUGUAAAUAUAAAAUAUUGAAUGUUAAAGAGUCACUGAUUUGACAGCUGUUCUUGCGGGUUCUCAUUACUUCUAGUUAUAUAUUAAUAAAAAUUAAAACUGUUUUUGCAGUAUACAUCACGUAUUCUAUAAACUUUUAUAUUUGCAUUUUGCUGUUUCUAUGGUUAAUAGCUUAGUCUAUUAUAUAACUGUAAUUUAAUAAGUUUAAUACUCUCUAUCGAGAAUUACUUUAAUGCCUCUAUACCUAUGCCAUGGAAAUAUUUUUAAUAUCAGUUGUAGUGCUGGGCGAUACUACAGUAAGUAGUUACAUAUACUCGGUAUUAUUUGCUACCAUGCAGUGAUGCAACAAAUAGCGGUCUCGGUGUCGACUGAAUACUGACGUGAUAUUGUUCGAUACUUGCUUGUUUUUUCAGUGAUUUGUUUGAUUUCAUUUAUCGGUUAAAUGAAGACACUCAUAAUUCAUAAAGCACUAAUUAAAAAUAACUUUAUUAACAUAUAGCCGGGAGGUUGGAUAUUGGUUGCCCUUGCACUAUUCACCUCUGGCCAAAAACAAAAUGUCUUCCCGUUUUGCUGCGGUGGCAGACGAGCAUUUUUUUUUACUAUAUGAAGCUGCAGUUCCAACUUCCACCAAACACAAAGAAAGCCUGAUUUUUUUGUUUAAUUAAAAGUGUAUGUAGCUAUAAUAAGCUAUUCUUUAAAGCUAUUUAUAAUUAAUAAAAUUACUAAAAGCUUGCAAAUGCUGUUUUGGUUUAGGCCGCGUUUACGCUAUAAUGUCACUACGACGCUAGUCGCUACAGCAAAUUUACCGUAGCGUAGUGAUUUGCAUCCGGAGUGCCAAACGUAAUAUAUGCUACGGCAAACCACUCCGUUAUAGUGUAAACACAAUAUACUAAGAAACAUAGUGAAUUUUUCUUGUAUACAGCUCCCGUAGGCUAACUAUUUUAGUUACGGGAGCUAUAUAUUGCUUUCAAAUUAAAAAUAUUUUCUACCUUUUCUUAAUUAUUCAAAAUUUGAGUUGUUGGUUUACUUACAACUUUGUGUAUACAUAGCUUACAUAGAGUAAUGAAAAUUAUUUUCCCGCUGACCAACAGAUAUAUGUCGAAAGUGAUUGAUACCAUGCAUAGCGGUUUUAAUUCUCACUUCUCGUAUCAAAAAAUGAAAUAUUGAACUCGGUUUGGUGUCGAAAUAGGCAUCGGUAUCGACCUAUAAUAAUCUUCAAAGGUAUCGAACGAAAAUAUAUUGGUUUGUCCAGUAAUAUAAUAAUAAGUUGGAUAUAAAGCGAAAUUUGAGUGGCUAAUACUAAUAGUAUACGCGUGCAUUCGAGAAUACUGCACUAUAUAUUGUAUAUGUGUUUCAUGCACUAAGAAAAAAACAUUCUACGAAGUGCAAAAGCCAGCUAACAACAUACAACGGGACAAUAACGGCAAAUAAAUGUUGUCUGAAUUAACAGCAAAACACAUUUUGUCUACAUAGUUUUACGCGUAAAAUUGACCAGUUCUUAUUUGAUGUUUUUCUCUUUAUAUUUGCUGACAAAAUACAAAUAGCCGAACAAAAUUUGUAAAAGCAAAAGGAAUGAAAACUAAACAGUUUAGAGGUGAUCGUCUCCGUCUGCUCAUAGAAAGGAGCCCGCCAUGCAGGAUUUUUUCUACUAGCAAAUAAAAACAGAGCAAAACUUCCGAUUCCAUGCAUGGUUCUCGGACAACAAAACAACAGAUUUUAGUCUGCCUAUCUUCACUGUUAAUUUCAAGGAAUUGGAUCAAAAGUGUUAUUAAAACUGUGACAGGAUAUUGAGGAUAAUACUUUUGGAGUUAAUUCAACUCCUUUUUUAAAAAAUUUUUGAAAAUCCAGUUGUCCGGUUAAGGGCUUGUUGCUAUAAGCCGUAAGUAAAACAUGCGCGUGACGUCACUGAUCACAUGUUUACGUUUUCCUCAUAACAACUUUAUUGGGCUACAGCGUUACAUUAAAAAGAUAUAACACAAGCAUAGAUUUUUCAAUAGCCCAAAAGGACUGAAGAUGCGAACGAGACGAUAAGUCACCUCUCGUAACAAUUACAGAAUGAACAGCAUAUAUAAAGCGACGAGUACUUGUUAAUAACAUAGAACAGAACGAACAAACCGAAGCAAAUGACGAAAGAUAUAAAGAUAACGGCUUAUUGUUAACCAUCAUCACUUGCCUCUAAUUAUUAGUUUGAAGGGGCUUAACCUCAGAGUUCACUCUAUGACGUAUGGCAAAAGCAGUCCCAUGCAGCGCCCUGUGCAACGCACAGACAAUGCGAAAGUUCCGUUAACCCAGUAUAAAUAUAUAAGUGAUUGACAAACUUUCAAAGAGCGACACACUGAAAAAUUAUUCGGUGCAGCUAGUACAUGAGUAAAAUAUUGUUCCAGAGCUCGACUAUACGGUUGAAAUAGUAUGCUUGGAAAGUGCUGGUUCGACAAUACGGAUUUUUAAGUUUUCUUUCUUGACCUAACCUAACCUAACCUAACCUAACGUUACCGCAGGUAUACAUGUAUCUGUAUGUCCAUUUCAGAGAAAGGUAAUGUUAACUAAUAUCAACAAAUUCUACAGUAAACGUCUCUCAAAAACAACUUUCAACAAAAUAAUUCUCUUUAGGAGGGUUUGCCAAGGUGAAGCUCGCCACUCAUCGUCUGACAAAUGAAAAGGUAUAAAUGAGAAGUCGCAAUAAUUAAAUUAUUUAAGUUACGGUAGUGAGUUGUGCUUAAAUAAGAAUACUUUUACAGUAUGGGGAAGAUUUUUUAAAAUAUCGUGGGACAUAUUUUGAACAGUCGUUAAGGUGACUCGCUAUUUACCAUUUAGGAUGGAAUUUUUGAACACUGGUUACUUGUUGAAAGCAAAUGGUAUCCGAGUUAUAGAAAAUGUUGUCUAAAGAGUAUAACAUUUUUAGCAAAAAUGACGUCAGUGCGGUUGCUAUAUAUAGCGAUUUCAAUAUGGCCGAACUUUUCCAAUUAGUGAAAAUAAUUGAAAUGUCAUGCUUAUCAUUGCAACGGCAGUGACGUCAUUUUUGUAAAAAUUUCAUACUAUAGGCGUUUUAUUACUAUUCGCUUUUCAACGAGUGACAACUGGUCAAAAAUUCAGCCCUAGGUCGAAAACUUCCAGUUGUUAAAAACAGGAGGGAACCACCUCAAAUAAAUAAUAAAGAGAAGUUCAUUUUAGUACAAAAUACGGAUGGUUUCAGGUUUCAUUCCCAUGCAUGCUUCAUAAAUUAGAGUGGUGGGAUCAUAAAGACGACUAAACAUGGUCGAUUAAGAACGACAAACAUACAUGUAAUUAAACUAGACGAAUAUUAAAAUCAUAUUGCGGUAACUAAAAUUGGAAAAUCUUUCAAUUACAUAUCCCAACAGGUUGAUCGGAAACCUGAAAUGCUGUAUACUACUUAAGGUCCAAUUUACAGGUUUUCAAUAUUACAAGUUUCGUAACGAUUUUCCACAUAGAAUAUAUUUGUUCUGACAAAUCCAGUGUCGGAACCGAUCUCCGUAGAUCAUAUAUAGACAGUUCUUAACUCUUUUUCCGCCAUAACUUUAUAGAUGGUAUAAAUGUCGAGCGUGUAUCCCAGGGGUUUCUGGGGAAGAAGGCAUAUUUUGCCACGGAAACAAGUGAAUAAACCCAAAAAUAUCGAAACUAUGUAAGCUUGGUGAACAUGAGAACAUGGUGAAACAUGGUGAGAACACAGACCUCGCACCCCCUGGGAGACCCUCAUUAGUAGCCUAAUGUGUUGCAUGUGGUGAUAAUGCAGUGAUAUAUCUAAUGCUGUAAAUUUUGUAGGUCGCCAUAAAAAUGAUGACGAAAGAAGCUCUUGCGGUUUGUAUUAUUAGUGAGCUUAAGCAAGCGACGUUUUUGACAACACGGACGUCGACCGGAAGUAAAGUUGACGUUUUUCACCAAUCACAACCCUUGACCCAGUCUUCUGACGUUACUCAUGCCGUUCGUGUUGUCAAAAACGUCACUUGCUUAAGCUCACUAUUUUGAUAUCUGAGGCUUGCAAUGGUCCUAACAUUACUCAUGACUGCCUUGGGGUGACGCUAUCUUCAUAACUGUAAGGAACUAACUCGAGCUCCAAAUUCAAUUUUCAAAACUUUGUUGAAUCGUGAGCUCAGGAAUUAGAGGUUAAUUUUAGGCGGUGGAACUAUCUUUCCAAAUCUCCUUACUAGCUAACACUUACUGGUUAAAAACUAAAAAUAAUCAUGUGGAGAUAGUCAUCUAAGCCUGGAGUUAAUGGCUGCGCCGGCGUGGACAAAGCUCCAGAUUCGAGGAUUGGCGGCUACCUCUGCAAAAAUAUAAUCUACAAGCAUGACAUUAUUUACUAAAUUGCCGGAUUAUGUUUUUCAUGUAAUAUUGUAAUAAAUUACCUGUUAAUAGGCGUUCAGCAUAUUAUGUCAACAUUUUUGGUCCUUCUGAGUCCGGACUGAUCAUAGCACAAGACAAAAUUAAUGUUAACUCUUUUACAAUGAUACAACCUAGACCAAGAGAACACCCGAAAAUAAAAAAAAUAAAGGAGAUGUUACAAUUUGAGACAAAUGCCUAGUUUCAUGAUUUGACUCGUGAUUUGACUUUGUGUUUUUGUUACAGCAUGAUCUACCACGUGUUUACACUGAAAUUGCCACCAUGAAAGAGUUGUGUCAUCAAAAUAUUUGUCAACUUUAUGAAGUUGUGGAAACGGAGGCGGAAAUUUUUAUGAUUUUAGAGGUACUUGUAUAUGAUAAUAAGGAGGUUCAGUUUUGACUACGAGCACGACAACAAGUAUACAAGAUUUUUCCCGCAAAAAGUAUAGCCAGCUUUCUGUUGACUUUGGCAAUUAUUAAGCUGUAGUCGACCUGUUGUUGAGCACGAGAUUUUAAUUAAACAAAUCUCCUACUCGGAUAACGAGUCUGUUUCAGGAAUUUACUGGUUUGUUGCUGCC